AUGCUGAAAGCUGCAGAUGAUUCUGUUAUGGAGCAGGAGGACUCUACUUCCCAACAUAAAGAAAUGGCGAGUUGGGAUAUCAAUGACAUCAAACUUCCUCAGCAUGUGAGCCACACAGACUGGUUUCAAGAAUGGCCAGAUUCCUAUGUAAAACAUAUCUAUAGCUCAGAGGAUAAAAAUGCUCAGAGGCACCACAGCAGCUGGGCAAUGAGAAACACCAACAACCACAACUCUCGCAUCUUAAAAAAGUCCUGCCUCGGGGUGGUGGUUUGUGGUAAUGACUGCUCUACCUUGGAUGGGAGGAAGAUCUACCUAAGACCAGCCAUAUGUGAUAAAGCCAGGCAAAAACAACAGCGGAAAUGCUGCCCAAACUGCAAUGGACCUCUGCGACUCCUUUCCUGCCGAGGCCAUGGUGGUUACCCAGUUACCAACUUUUGGAGGCAUGAAGGCCAAUUCAUAUUUUUCCAGUCCAAAGGAGCUCAUGACCACCCACGUCCAGAAACAAAACUAGAAGCAGAAGCAAGAAGAUCAAUGCAAAAAGCAAAGACAGCUUUUUCUCCAUCUUCUCUAAGACUAAAAAGAAUCCAGGAGAUUGAGUCUCUGACAGGUGCAGUGCCGACACAGGAGCCUUUGCUUCUUUCCAAGCCGGAUGCUCACAUGCCACAUGCCAGUUUCAGGGGACAUUUGAGAAAAAGCUCCCAGGAGCCAAUGCUGAGCAGCUGCUCUGGGCAGCUUUCAUACCCAAGGACAUCUGGGGAGGAUGGGGCCUCCAGAGAGGCGCCAACCUGGAGCCGAAGCCUGUCCCUCAAGAGGACCCCCGGAGCCGAGAGGCUGUGCAGUGUCCCUGCUGUGCCCAGCACAGCCCCUCCUCCCCAGCAGUGCACCCACCUCAGCACCCAGCACGUCCUGCCCCUCACAAAGGGUGCCCAUCACCCCUUCAGGUCCGACGUGGGCCCUUUGGGAGAUGGAUCCUGUGGGGAGAAAUCCCCACUGACCUACAGUGGCAGCUGCCUCUCUCUGCCUCCUUACCCCGCGCCUCAGAGAGGGCCAUGCCCCGUGGCGAGUGGGGCACAGCCUCACCGACAGCUCCCGCUGCCUCCAAGGGGAAGCGGAGGAGACAGAGGUGGUGGAGGGCACCAAGUCUGUCUCAAUUACUGCAACAACGACGUGUUUUUUAACCUGUACCCAUUACGGUGA